AUGGAUCAUCCCUCCCGCCCAAACCGAGCCGUUUCGGAUGUAUCGAGCAAGGACAUGGAGGAUCAUUUGGGCCCAUGGGAUCCAGAGGCCCAACAAGCCUCGGAGCCCAAUGAGGAUCGCGAGUACGGAUGCACGUACUGCGACAAGAAGUUCUCCAACAAACAAGCAUUGGGCGGACACCAAAACGCGCACAAGGUCGAGCGUGCGGUUGAGAAAUCUGCACGAGAAAUGCAGAACAAUGUGCAUUUCGGCUACAACACUGGGCCCGGCCCGAUGGCUUACCCGGGGAUGGGCCCAACGGGCCCUUUUUUCGGUCCAUAUAGUAGAUCUCACAAUUUUUUGGAUAGAUCUUCUUUUAAUUUUCUGUACAAUGUCCCUCAUACCCCUCAACAACCUGGAAUUCAUAUCAACUACGGCGCCCCUAUAGGACUAUCAGGCGGGCCCAGGCCAAGAAAUGUUCCUCGAUUUUUGAGACAGGAUUCCACUUUCGGGUUCCCAAACGUCGGAUCCGGGAGUUCGGGCCACUCUAGGCCCAUUUUCUCAAACUUGUUGGGUUUUGGUGGGUCUGGGAGGAGGCCUCGUGAGAAUGUAGGAGUAGACGAGAAUAGGACUAGGAUGUAUAAUCUUAGGAAUGAUCAAGAGCCCGAUAAUGAUUCGGGCCUGGAUUUGUCUCUCAAGUUGUGA